AUCUGCCCAUUAUUGAAAAAAAUGACACCUCAUCGAUAAUCUCUCCAAAAAAAAAAAAAAAAUAGAAAAGAAUGUCCAUCUCCGACCUCUCAGACACUGAAACUCCGGUUGUGGCAGCUACCGUAGAUGGGUGCGUUGACUUCAAAGGCCGUCCAGUGUACAGAGCCAGCUCUGGUGGAUGGAGAUCUGCACGCUUCAUUAUUGGAGUUGAAAUGGCUGAGAGGUUCGCUUAUUAUGGAAUUCAGUCCAACCUUGUUACCUAUUUGACUGGACCUCUGGGUCAGUCUACGGCAACUGCGGCGGAGAACGUCAACCUCUGGUUAGGUAUGGCCAUGCUGCUGCCUCUUUUAGGAGCAUUUGUUGCUGAUUCUUUCCUUGGACGUUACCGGACUAUUAUAUUCGCUUCUGUUAUAUACUGCUUGGGGCUGGGAUUAUUGACUUUAUCGGCUAUGUUACCUUCAGUCAGCACUGUUGGUUGUCAAAACACAAACGAAAUCACUUCAUGUAAUUCUGUAUAUCAAUUCAGAUUAAUCUUAUUCUUCUUCUCUCUAUAUUUGGUAGCAAUUGGACUAGGUGGGCACAAGCCUUGCGUUCAGGCUUUUGGUGCAGAUCAGUUUGAUGGGAAAGACCCUUUGGAAAGCAAACUGAAAAGUUCAUUCUUCAAUUGGUGGUAUUUUGGGUUAUGUACAGCCGCCUUAUUUUCUAUUUUGAUUUUAUCCUACAUCCAAGAUAACCUUAAUUGGAGUCUUGGGUUCGGAAUCCCAUGUAUUUCGAUGGCAUUUGCAUUUAUUGUCUUUUUGCUUGGAAGUAAGACUUAUCGCUGUAGCAUCAAAGGGAAUGAGAGAAGUCCGUUUCUGAGAAUUGGGAAAGUGUUUGUUGUUGCAGUCAGAAACGGGAGGCGAGCUACGCCUCCUGCUUUAGUUCAUGAAGUUGAAGCAGAGGAAGCUCAUGAAAAGUUGCCCCAUGAAAGUUCUGAGCAAUUCAAGUUUCUCAAUAAAGCCUUACUUGCAUCAGAAGGUUCAAAAAAAUAUGGGAAGGUGUGUAUCAUCAGCGAAGUUGAGGAAGCCAAGGCAUUUCUCAGGCUUGUUCCAAUAUGGAUUACUAGCUUGGUCUAUGGCAUAGUAUAUGCGCAGUUUUCAACUUUCUUUACGAAGCAAGGAGCUACCAUGGACAGACGAGUUGCAUCAUUUUUUGAAAUACCAGCUGCUUCACUUCAAUCCUUCAUCGCCCUUUCCAUUGUUCUCACCAUUCCGGUUUAUGACUCUGUUUUUGUUCCUAAAGCAAGGGCUUUUACUGGGAAACCUGCUGGCAUUACAAUGCUUCAGAGAAUUGGAACUGGGAUGUUUUUAUAUGUUUUGUCAAUGGUGAUUGCAGCUUUAGUUGAGAUGAAGAGGCUUAAAACUGCUGAAGAAUAUGGACUGAUUGAUAAGCCGAAUGUGACAAUUCCAAUGAGUGUGUGCUGGUUGAUUCCUCAAUAUGUCGUGGCUGGUGUUUCUGAGGCUUUCGCAAUGGUUGGUCUUCAAGAAUUUUUCUAUGAUCAAGUUCCGACUGAAUUAAGGAGCAUAGGACUCUCUUUAUAUCUCGGUAUCCUCGGUGUUGGGAGCUUUCUGAGCAGCUUUCUGAUAUCUGUGAUUGAGAAAGCAACAGGAGGUGAUGGCCAUGAAAGCUGGUUUGCUGAUAAUCUCAACAAGGCACAUCUUGAUUAUUUUUAUUGGCUUCUUGCUGGACUCACUGCUGCAGGAUUGAUUUCCUUCUGGAUUUUUGCCAAGUCCUACAUUUAUAAUAAGCCAAGCUAGCUUUCAAAUAUGGAAUUUAUGUAAAGUAGGACUUGUGUUGUCUUUUUACUAGGCAAAUUCUUGUCUUUUUAACAGCAGCUUGUGUUGGUAUGGCAUAAAACAGUAGUAUUAUUUUCUAUAAUUCCUCUAAAGAUUUGAAUGUCAAUAAUCUGCAGGGACUGGGCUUGUUGACUUCAUCAGCUAUGUUACCUUCGGUUAGCACUGCUGAUUGCCAAAACAUAAAUAUAAUCAGUUCAUGUAGUUCUCAAUAUAACUUCCCAGAAAUGUUAUUCUUCUUCUCUCUAUAUCUGGUAGCAAUUGGACAAGGUGAGCACAAGCCUUGCGUUCAGGCUGUCUGUGCUGAUCAGUUUGGUGGACAAGAUCCUGAUCCUGAGGAAUUAAUGUAAACUGAAAAUUCUUCAACUGGUGGUAUUUUUGGUUAUGUGCAGCCUCCUUAUUUGCCUUUUUGAUCUUAUUCUACAUCCAAGACAACCUGAAUUUGGCUCUUGGAUUCGGAAUCCCUUGUAUUUCAAUGGCAUUUGCCCUUCUUGUUUUCUUGCUUGGAACUAAUACUUAUCCAUAUAGUAUAAAUUUAGGUGACAAGAAAAACCCGUUUGUGAGAAUUGGUCAGGUGUUUGUUGUUCCCGUUAGGAAUUGGAGGCAAAUUACACCUUCUGCUAUGGCUCUUAAAGUUUGAGAGGAAGCUCAUGGCAUCUUAGCUCCUCAAGAAUAUUUUGACAAUACAGGUUCCUCAAUAAAGCAUUGCUUACACCACACCAGAUGAAUAUGGGAAGGUGUUACUAUGGAACGGUCAAUUUCACCAGGCUUCAACAUACCAGCCGCUUCACUUAAAUCCUUCAUCACCCUUGCCGUUGUUCUCACCAUUCCCAUUUAUGAUUGUUUUUCUGUUCCUAAAGCAAGAGCUUUCACUGGGAAACCGGCCGGUAUCACAAUGCUUCAGAGAUCAAAGUCGAGACGUUUCUACAAUUCCAAUGAGUGUGUUGGUUGAUUCCUCAAUAUGUCUUGGCUGGUGUUGCUGAUGCUUUCAGAAUGGUGGUCAAGUUCCAAAUGAAUUAACGAGUGUUGGUCUCUCUUUUAUAUCUCAGUAUUUUUGGUGUUGGGAGCUUUCUGAGCAGCUUCCUCAUAUCAGUCAUUGAGAAAACAACAGGUGGAGAUGGGCAUGAAAGCUGGUUUGCUGCUAAUAAUCUUAACAGGGCACGUCUUAAUUAUUUAUAUUGGCUUCUUGCUGGACUCGGUGCUGCUGGAUUGGUUUCCUACUUGUACUCUGCAAAAUCCUACAUUUACAAUAACAGGACAAGUUCCAACCAAAAAUGUCAAAAUGUGUGAUGUAAGUCUUGAACCUCCAGAUUGACCUAGGAGGAAGUAUUUGAUCGAAAUUGCAAACCCACGUCAAAUAAAAUAGUACGUUUGGAUACUUGGCUGAAGUCGCCAUUAGUAACUAAAUAACAGAUCUUAUUUUUCCUA